UUCAUCUUCAACUCAUAAAAUUGUUCUUAAAGCCUUAAAUCAGCAUAACUUCCGACCUCCCUUGCUCCCGUAAAUGGCGACGCGUUACAGGUCGUACGAUUCACGCUCCUCCACAUCUUCUCACUUCUCCGAUCCCUCCUCAUCCAUACACCUCAACAGCUCCGCUUCUUCGCGGAGGCCAAACUCCUCCUCUUCCUCCUCUCGAGCGGUCGUGAAAUCGAAGCCGUUGGAUGCAGCAGCUCAAGGCAGCUGCGGAAAGAUCCAGGCGGCGGACCUCCACUUGACCGGCUUGAUGAAGAAGUUUAUGGACAAGAAAUCGGCAAAUAAGACGACGGGACAGCUGGUCAUUCCAUCGGAUGUUAUAGCUGAGGAUCUAAAGAAGACAGCGAGGAAAGGUGCCGCUUUCACGGCGCUGCAGAGGAAGCUGUUUGGUAAAGGAUCUUCAAACAAGGAAAACAAAAAGGAGGUGAAAGCCUUGACGGAGGUUAAAGGGAAUACAAGGACGCUGGCCAUGGUUUUAAGAAGUGAGAGGGAGCUCUUGAGUGCUAACAAGGAGCUGGAGAUGGAGGUUUCUGAGCUGAAGCUUCUGCUUCAAGACAAGAACAGAGAGGUGGAGAAGCUGAAAGAUUUGUGCUUGAAACAGAGAGAAGAGAUUAAGUCAUUGAAGAGUGCAAUAUUAUUUCCAGAUGCCAUGAAUUCUCAGCUUCAACACCUAGUUGAAAAGCAAGGCUCUGAGCUGACACAAGCCAAGCAACUAAUCCCUACUCUCCAAAGGCAGGUCACUUCUCUCACAGGCCAACUCCAAUGCCUUGCCGAGGAUCUUGCUCAGGUGAAGGCAGAAAAAUAUUCUUCCAAGGCAUGUCGUCAGCAGCAUGGCAGCUAUACCUGGUCACCCAGAUAUGAUGGAGAUGAACCUUCUGAUUCCUUGGAAUUCAGUUCUUGCGAACCAACAACUCUUGGUAGUCCAGAUGACUUGUCCCUCGAAGAUUUAAAUCCCUGUUUAACACCUUAUUAUGCCAAGACAAAAUCCAAGGAAUUCGAUGAGAUUCGAUACGACUCGCCAGAUAACAAAACCUUAUCUGAUGAAAAACGACAAGCAUUCAAUGAGCUUGUAUUUGGUUGUAGUAAGUAGUAACAAGAAGCUAUGCAAGAGUUCAGAUCGUUACGGAAAUUCUAAUAAAGGAAGCUCCAUGGCCUGGACCAACCGCAGAUCAAACGAAAGCAGAGGAUCAUACUGAAAGCACAUGCCAUCAUCAUAAAUCUCUCUUAAUUGCUUGGUAUGGUAUUACUCAGCUAAGCAUUAGUUUUAUUUGUUUCGUAUAUUUUCACCUUUCCUCAUUUUUGGCGAAUUAUGGAUCGAUGUGUUUGGUUUGAGUCAAGCAUG